GUUCCCGCCCCUGCCCGGUGGUUCCGCGCCGCCGUGCGCCGGGCCGAGCCCGGGGUUGGGCGCUGAGAGGAGGCGACGGCAGCAGCAGCAGCAGCAGCAGCAGCAGCAGCAUGCACCGGGCGGCCCCGGCCCCGCGGCUCCACCGGGGCGGCAGCGGGCGGCCUCGAUGGAGCUGGGCCCCCGGUGGAGCCCCGCCGCCCGGCCAGGCUGCCCGCGGAGGUGGCGGCGGCGCUGGGCGCUGCUGGGCGCGCUGCUGGGCGCCGCGCUGGCUCUGUACGUCUGCGUGCGGGAGCUGCGGCGGCGCGGCUCGGCGGCCGGCCGGCCCGAGGGCGAGGUGACGGUGCUGCUGUGGUGGGAGCCCUUCGGCCGCCCCUGGCGCCCGGCCGACUGCCGGAGGCGCUACAACAUCACGGGCUGCCUCCUGAGCGCCGACCGCGGGCGGUACGGCGAGGCUCGGGCCGUGCUCUUCCACCACCGCGACCUGGCGCUGCACGGCGCCCAGGGGCUGCCCCGCGGGCCCCCGCCGCGACCCCCGCGGCAGCGGUGGGUGUGGAUGAACUUCGAGUCGCCCUCGCACUCCCCCGGGCUGCGGGGCCUGGCCGGGCUCUUCAACUGGACCAUGUCGUACCGGCGGGACUCGGACGUCUUCGUGCCCUACGGGUACCUCUACGAGCCGCCGUCGCCGCGGCCCUUCGUGCUGCCUCGCAAAAGCCGGCUGGUGGCCUGGGUCAUCAGCAACUGGAACGAGGAGCACGCCCGCGUGCGCUACUACCGGCAGCUGAAGGAGCACCUGCCCAUCGACGUGUACGGGGCGCGCGGGAUGGCGCUGCUGGAGGGCAGCGUGGUGAAGACGGUGUCGGCCUACAAGUUCUACCUGGCCUUCGAGAACUCCCAGCACACGGACUACAUCACCGAGAAGCUGUGGAAGAACGCCUUCGCCGCCAGCGCGGUGCCUGUCGUCCUCGGCCCCCGCAGGGCCAACUACGAGCGCUUCAUCCCCGCCGACUCCUUCAUCCACGUGGAUGACUUCCCCAGCCCACGGCUGCUGGCCACCUACCUGAAGUUCCUCGAUAAAAACAAGCCCAGCUACAGGAGGUAUUUCGCCUGGCGGAACAAGUAUGAAGUCCACGUCACGUCUUUCUGGGAUGAGCAUUACUGCAAGGUUUGCGAGGCCGUGAGGACGGCAGGGAAUCAGCUCAAGACAGUACAGAAUCUGGCCGGCUGGUUUGAGAGCUGACGUUCCUGAGGCGUGCUUGGCCAGCUUUUCCCAGCAGUGAAUGGGCCGAGGUACAGGGAAGCCCUGUGAGACCUCCUGCCUGCCAAAGCCAGUCUGUCCUCCGCGAGAGAAGCAUACAGAUAGAGGUAAAUAAACGAGCAAGAAGAUUUUUAUUACAGUGCAAAAUGGCAUUAGGGAGAAGCAUCAGGCAAGGCGAUUCUGCAAGAGCAAAGUUAAACUUCCAGCGGUCGUGCUGGUCUGAAACCUUUGCAGUCGUUCACAGGAUAACCUACGCCAAGUCCUUCAGCUGUGCAGCUGGAACCAAUUUUGUCAGCUCUGACAGCUUCCUGGACCGUGAAACUUUCUUCUGCGUAUGGGGGAUACGCGAUCAGUGCUGGCUUUCUGUGUUCUAAAGACAAAAGCAAGUAUUUUCAGUGGUGAUUGGUAUGAAAAUCAGAGCUAUUUGCUGACAAAUGCUGAGCCGCAAGUGUUGGACUUAAGAAUGUGAUGAUACGGUAGCACUUUUUAGCAGUUUUAAAUUGCAGCAGCCAAAUAAUAAUUCUUUGAGCCAAAGAAAGAUUCCACGUAGGAUAAAGCGUAUGGAAGGGUCGGAGUGGGACAAACAGCUCAGAUGGCAGAAAGCGUUUCUUCCAACUGUGAGCGCAAUUGUCCUGUUUGAAAGUGGAGAAGAGCUUCGAGUACAGGAAAAGACAUCAGGCAGACAGAAAGCUCGAACGUUUCCACCCUCCCUUUAUUCAGGAAUUGGAGAAUGUUUACAGGAGACUGCGUGUUUUCCUCUGCAAAAUUACUGCCGUGUAGGAAAAAGCAGGGAGAGGCUCAAGAUGGCAGGGCUUUUAUUGCUGUACUCAAACUGUAGGUGGAAAGGCUAACUUUCUGCUGUGCAUAUAACAAUAAUGGCAACAAAGAUACCAAAGCUAAGUCCCCAAAGGCUACCUCCCAGAAGGAGAAUUACUGUAGAGAAUAAGGUCUAAACUGUUGCUAAAACACAGGUCCGAUGAAGGAAGUAUAUGAAGAGGAAGAGGAAGGAGUUACUGUUUUUCACUUUUGCUUCGGGGGGUUUCUUCCACUUGACUUCUUUUCAGUCCGUUCCUAGAAUUGUAGGCUGCUACUUCCUCAUGCACUGUCUGCUCUUGCAGACACUGCAUUGCAGUUCCUUUUCAGGCUGCCACGGUGGAAUAAAAUCGUGGGCACCAGACGGGUGGGGAAAGAAGGACGUUAGGUGCAAGUGAAAGCAGAACGCGUGAGAGUUGUUUAGGUUAGAAUGGGAUGAGGUUUGAUUUGAGCAACGAGGGCUGGCAGGUAGGUGCUGUUCAAACUUAGCAGCUGACAGCCUGCUGCAUUGUAAGUUACCUGUGCCCAGUGCUUACGUAAGCAUGGAACUAAAGAAUACUGGGGGAAAAAAAUCUGUAAUAGUGUUAAAGAUCAUGAAUAAUUUUGCACCGAUUUACUGGGUCAGAUCUCGGAAGCUGCAGUUUUCAUUGUUUUCUGCUUUUGUGCAGGGAAAGAUGGUUAAAAUCACUUUGUGAACAUGGCUGUUGUUUGUGCCAGAGCUGCUGCAGAGAUUUUAUCGGGAAAGCAGAGAGCACUCAGUGCAAUGCAGGGUGUUGUCGGGGUGUUCCCCAUGCUGCCAUUGAAUGCCAGCAGUUCUGAAGGGGUUGUUCAGAGCACGGCUGUGCUCCUCACUGCGUGAACAUCUGCCGCCCUGCCAGCUGGUAAAGAAAUUGGGUUUGAUUAUUCUGAAAGUCCAGUUCCAAGUAUAGCAUUAACCUAAAAGCUGAGUGCCGGGGCGAUACAAUCAGUGUCUCUUUGAUUUGCCCUUUUCUCCUUUGGCUUUUUAUCACAGUGCAUGUGAGCGUACAGCAGAACCUGAUCUUCAGAGCAGGGAGCAGUCUUUGAGAAGGUGAAGACUGCACUACUUCUUAUCAGUCUGCCCACAAGAGUUCUUCUUUUUCCCAGUCCUUCUAAGUUUUUAAAUGCUUUCUGAGGGUUUUGAGAUGCACGGCUGGAUGCUACCAGUGGUAAUGCCACAGGCAGAAGAUGAGGCUCCAGGAGGAUGGGGAUUUCCACAGAUUGCAGCCAGUCCUUUAUUCGCAGCUUCUCUUACUGAAAUUGUGGUGGGAAUCAGUUUUGUAAAGUUCAGCAAACAGCUGUGCAGUGAUCAAAGCACCAUUCUGGAAUGAGAUAAUCACAACUGUGCUCUAUUUGUAAGGUAUGCGUUGAUGUUUUCACAAAUUGUUUAAGGAGAGCUGCAGUGUUGUAAUAAUUAUUGCAGUUUCAUCGUUCUUGCAUAUGAAUUGCAUGCUUUUCCCAUCAGAUUAGGGAGGAAGUUCAGUCCCGGUCUACAGCUGCUGAAGUGAGUAAUACAGCAACUCUUUAAGGUCAUAUUGGUUUUUAGUUCAUCCGCUCCUCGGGCUCGCAGAGCUAACCUAACAAUCGGGUGCUGUUAGAAACUGAGGGCUGCUCUUUGUAACUCACUGUGUAGAGCCCGAGUUCAGUGAUCAAUAAGGAAUUUGCAGUAGCAGAUUGGAUUGUAGAUCGGGUACCAGACUCCACGAGAUGUCGCAGGUGAAGUAUGUGAUCAGUCUACAACAAUUAAGCAGAUUUAUCUUCCAGUCUAAAUAGAGAAAUCUUGAUUGAUAUGCUUUUAAAAGCUGUUUUAUUCCAUGCCUUGAAAUGCUGGGGAGGAGGGAGAGACAGAAAGACCAUGUGCUGUUUUUAUAAGGCUAAUUGCUUUUUGAUUGUAAGUGGAAUGUAGAAAUGUGUGUGAUCCUCUAACUCACAGAAGUGUCUCAGGGAAUUUUAUACUGUAAAAUCUCUCAAUCCUCAUAGAAUGGUGUAACUUUGUAUUAAUUGUGUAGAUUAACAAUAAAAUCAUAGAAAGGAAGUAGCACAAAAUG